AUGGAGAAGGCCAUAAAGAAGGCACAUAUGUACCGCGCCAAUCAGGAGGGAACCGCGGAGCGCAUGUUUAGUGUCUUGUGCCGUAAUAAGGGUCAAAUGGGUGGCAGACAUAUGGCACACCUAUCGACCCCCGAGCUUCUUGACCCUGCAGUGGACAAGAAGCACCGCAUCUUCUUGUCUGCCGUUCACCAGAUGGAGUUAGCGGUUUUUCAACCACGUGGCCCUGGGGAGCUACUUACGAUCGACGGUCGUUGGAAGCAACGCGGCCAAGGCCACCUGGUGUCGAGAACCCUUGUUCCGUACGCGAGGUGGAUCGUAGAUGUGGAGCCUGAUGAUGUCCCCAAGUUGAGCAAGGCCUCCGCUUUUGCGAUUGGUCCGCCCAUUGUGGACCAGUCCUCGUACCCUGAGGAAUGGUACGACGAACUCGAGGAGGACAGGCCCACCAUGGGUUCGCUGUGGUGUCGACGCCGGGUAUACAAGAAAGGACCAGCCGGGUGGCACCUCUGGGUAGAUCGCUUGGCACCAUACGUCUCGGCGUGGACCUAUGCCCUUGAGGAUAUCGUUGAGGAGCCUCGUCCUUUCAUCGAGCCGAGCUUCGAAGAGUACCUACGGUGGUACGUCCCGCGUACACGUAAACAAGUCAACUACACUCCAGAUACUGUCUCUGGGCCCGCUCCGCUCUCUCUCGCCUCCUCUUCUUCCUCCCCAAGAAGAAGAAUACGAAACCAACCCCAACUUGCAACCGGGACCCGCCUCGCUCUCCAAUCCUCCCCUUUCUUGCCGCGCAAGAACGCGCGCCGCUUUAUCUACCGCCGCCGUCCGCCCGCCCGCCCGCGGAUCAGUCCGUCCACCGCGUGCCGCCACCCUUCCAGCUUUGCUCCUCCUGCCGCCUUCCCCGAAUCCCGGCGGGUGUCCAAUCCACCUGUUGCCCGCUUGCUCCGCGUGUUGGGACUGGACACCGGUCGGCGCGCGGCUCGAUCCGGCGAUUUCGAUAUGGCUACUCCCUUGGUUGCUGGAUUGUCAGUAGCUGCUGCCGCAUUGGGUAGCAGAUACAUGUUUCAAGCAUGGCAAGCCUUUCGGACCCGGGCAGCAAUGCCACGAGUGCGCCGAUUCUAUCCUGGUGGAUUUCAGAACGAGAUGACUAGAAGAGAGGCAGCAUUGAUCCUUGGCGUAAGAGAACGUGCUGCAAUGGACAAGAUCAAGGAGGCUCACAAGAGGGUCAUGGUAGCGAACCAUCCUGAUGCUGGUGGCAGCCAUUACGUUGCCUUGAAGAUAAACGAGGCAAAGGACAUUCUGAUGGGGAAAGGAAAGUCCGGGUCUUCCGUCUUUUAGUCAGUAUACAAAUGAAAUGAUGCUCAUUUUGCGGUGAUCAUUGUGUGAUCGUAACUUUUCUGAAGGAAAGGAUGAGACAGUAAUUCGUUUUCACCUUUGUUAACAAAUGUUGUGCUGAUUGUACCUUGAUCUUAACAAAGAUACUAGUUACAGAACUGAAGUAACUUGUAGUCUUGUUCUGUUGAGCCAAUUGAAAAGAGUAACCAUGUUUCCCACAGCAUCCAA